AUGACGCUAGAAGCCCCGUCGAUCGAACACAUUCCCCCGUCAUACAAGGUCUACCUUGGCCUCUUUCAAAACGUCCACAAUGCAGACUUUCUCCAUCAACAACUCCUCAGUCGAAAUGCAGACUUCGAGUACGCUUUUGUCGACGCCUCUGUGGUGGUGUCUCGCCGGCAGUUGCUUUCGGCCAUUUUCAAGGCCGUCAACGCGGCUACGAACGGCUCACUCAAGACGCCAAAUGUACACUCUGAGAUUGUAGUCUCUCUAAAUCCGUCCAAUAAUAUUACCGAUUCAUACCGCCGGUUUGGCAUCUCGCCUACUACGAAGAACCUUGCCGUCGUCAAAGUUACGUACUCGCCGGAAUCGUCGGAGUCGAAUUCCGCGCCGUCCAAAGACAGCAUCCAGGCACAUUUAGCGGAGCAUGUCAAGGGAACUCCCAUUGACGUCACCGAUGCCAACAUAGCCGCUACAACAGAUAUCUCCAAAGUUCGCAAAUAUUACAAACUCAACGGCCUGGACUGGCUGGAGGCCAUCAGGGACGAGCAGAAAAAACGAGCAGAAUUAGACACACUUGUAGUUAGCGCAAUGGCACUACGCGGACUUUGA